ACCGAGAUCCCAUAUUCCCUUACGUGACGAUACCACUUUUUGGUUCUUCCUCCACUGGCAUAAAAAUUAUCAAAAAAAAAAAAAAAAAACUAUAGAAUAUUUUCACUUCGUUCAGGCAAACAAAGCUUCUCCGUCAACAGGAAAAUGGCCGAACACAUAGGAAAAGCAAAGCCAGUAGCUUCAUUUGAAUAUGAGCUAUUUGAAGGAGACCCUGAUCACCUUAGAACUGUUGUAGCUGCACCUCCUCCAACAAAUCCGUGGAUUGAUCCUGCCUCAUUGAAACUUAAGUACAGAAUAGGGAGAGGCCCCUUUGGUGAUGUUUGGUUAGCAACAAAUCAUCAGUCAUCAGUUGAUUAUGAGGAAUAUCAUGAGCUGGCCGUAAAGGUAUUGCAUCCAUUGAAGGAGCACCACUCACAGAAGUUUCUGGAUAAGUUUGAAGAGCUAUUUUCUAAGUUACGAGGGCUCCAUGGUGUAUGUUGGCUGCAUGGUAUCUCAAUCAUUGAUGAAAAGGUCUGCAUUGCUAUGAAAGUUUAUGAGGGAUCAGUGGGUGAUCGGCUAGCUCGGCUCAAGGGUGGCAAGCUUCAACUUUCUGUUGUUCUAAGUGUUUACAGGUAUGCAAUUGAGUUAGCAAAAGGAAUUCUAGAGUUGCAUUCAACAGGGGUCCUGUUACUGAACCUGAAGCCUUCUAACUUUCUUCUAAAUGAACAUGACCAAGCACUCCUUGGAGAUUUCGGGAUCCCUUAUCUACUUCUUGGGAUUUCAUUAUCUAGUUCAGAUAUGAUUCUUAGACUUGGAAGUCCUAAUUACAUGGCCCCAGAGCAGUGGGAACCUGAAGUGAGAGGUCCUCUAUCUUUUGAGACAGACUCGUGGGGUUUUGGGUGUUGUAUUGUGGAGAUGUUAACUGGUGUGCAGCCCUGGUUUGGGAAGUCAAAUGAAGAAAUAUAUCACUCAGUUGUAAUCAAGCAAGAAAAGCCACAAGUUCCAAGUGGCUUGCCUCCUGCAGUUGAAAAUGUUGUCAGUGGAUGCUUUGAGUAUGAUUUGCGUAAUCGGCCUACAAUAGCAGAUAUCUUACAUGAAUUUGAAAGCUCACAAAAUGCUCUUUGCAAUGAUGGAGAAUGGCUUGAUUCCAGAACCAGCACACUUGCAAAAAGAUCAAGGAGUGGUUAUACUGCAUGGUAUCUCGCAAAAGAUCAACUUCAAGUGGGUGACACAGUUCGUUCAAGAAGGCCAUUGAAUUCAUGCAAACAUCAAAUCAUGGAUGUCCCUGAAGGAACUGUGGUUGGCCUGGAGAGUGACUCUGAUAGAGAUGGUUUUGUUCUGGUAAAGAUCCCUGGAGUACGCAACCCUGUAAAAGUACUCAUGUCAUCGAUUGAGAGGGUCACAUCUGGCUUGGCAGUGGGUGAUUGGGUGCGCUUGGAGGAGGAGAAGGACAACAAGCACUCUUCUGUUGGAAUCCUUCAUUCUGUACACCGUGAUGGAAGUGUUGCAGUUGGAUUUAUUGGGUUAGAAACUCUCUGGAGAGGAAAUUUAACCGAGCUUAAAGUUGCAAAUGCUUACUACGUUGGACAAUUUGUGAGGCCAAAGGCAAAUGUUACUCCCCGAUUUGAGUGGCCCCAUAAAAGUGGAGGAAUCUGGGCCACUGGGAGGGUCUCACAGGUCCUUCCAAAUGGUUGUCUUGUUGUGAGGUUCCCUGGAAGGUUGGUGUUUGGAGAUGAAUCUAACAGCUCCUUGGCAGAUCCAGCUGAGGUGGAACUGGUGUCCUUUGAUACUUGUCCUGGGGUGGUGCAGAAGUAUCAACAUGUUGAGGAUUUUCACUGGGCAGUGAGGCCUCUUACAAUUGCGUUUGGUGUAUUAACAGCCAUGAAGUUCAGCUUAUUUCUUGGACGAAGUGUGAGUUCGAGGCUGAAGAAGGUCAAGAAGCGUGAUGGUAAUUAUCAGGAUGGCCAGUCUGGAGCAGCUUGGCUUCCACCACCAGUUGCAAAUAUUCUGUUCAAAGAGGGUGUUUCUCCUGCUACUGCUAGGUAAUUUGACACUGGCUGGCUUUAGGUAAGUUUGAUGAAAAACUGGAGAUAACAGUGACAAUUACUCAAGGUCCAAAGCGGAUGUUUCAGACCGACAACAUUCAGACAGGAAUAUCAUGAUCUAAUGCCAUUAGGCCAAGAAAUAGUACGUUGUACAUAAUUAGAACACUGGUGUAAGCCUGUACAUAUACUGAAAAGGAUGUUAAAUUAUGUUUUUAUGCUUUUGUUUGUAAAUUUUCAAGUAAAUAAUUUAAAACUGCUUUGCUUAA